AUGUCUGGACAGACACCGUUGAUGAUAAGAGACGUUUCCGGCGCCGGUGCUGGUGCUGGGCCGGUGUCGCGCUCCGUGCUUGGGCUUCCCACGGCGUUCGGCACUUUUUUGGGCGCAUUGGUGCUUGCGUGGGCCGUGUACAAGUGCAUCGACGCCUCUCUUCUUCGCUUUCUCGUGGUGCCUCCACACAACUACCGGGACGCGAUCGCGCGCAGUCUCGAGAAGGGCACCAUUCCCGAGUCCGUCGUGGGCGUCAAAGGCGGCUCGUUCCGCAGAAGACUCGUUCUGGCCGCCCAGAAGCCGCAGCUGUACUCCACCAUGAAACUCAACAGAGACUCUGUGGCCACGUCGAAAUUGCGUCUGGCCAGAAUCGACAAGGACGAUCCCAACUUUAUGGACCGUCUGCGUCCUGCCGACCCCCAUGCGAAACGCAGACUCGUCUUUGGCUACUUCCACCCCUACAGCGACGCCAACGGAGGCGGCGAGCGAGUCCUCUGGGAGGCAGUGUACUAUACGCUAAAACAGUCGGAGCAGAACCUGGUCGCCAUCUACACGUUCACGGCGUCGGACGACGUGUGUGUGAGCUCGAUUCUGCAGUCUGUGCGCUCUACGUUCGGAAUUGAUCUAUUUGCAGACGGCCUCAAUGACCGCAUAAUUUUUAUUCAGCUCAACAACAGGUACAAAUGGCUCAUCGACGGCGCGUCCUGGAAACACUUCACGAUUAUUGGCCAGGCGUUGGGCUCUGUUUUCGUGUGUUUCCGCAGUCUGACAAAACUUGUGCCCGACGUGUUCAUCGACACCCAGGGCCUGCCCUUCUGCUACCCGCUGGUGGCUCUCUUGCGCAUUCCGGUGGUCGCGUACGUGCACUAUCCGCUGAUCUCGGCAGACAUGCUCAACAAGCUGAGCUCGAAUAGCGUUUACCACCUGGCCAAGUACGUCUACUGGACCUCGAUGAUGAAACUCUACCAGCUGGCUGCCAAUUUUAUCGACUACACCCUGUGCAACUCGACAUGGACCUGCAACCAUAUCCGCUCCAUUUGGGGCAGCAGCGCGCAAACGAGCCCGCAGAUCGUCUAUCCGCCAACGGGCAUCGACGAGUCCAAGAUCGCCGAUCCGUUGGCGGAAAAAGACCGUGUUCUGUUGUACCUGGCGCAGUUCCGGCCAGAAAAAAGACACAGACUCUUACUACAGGAGUUUGCAGGCUAUGCGAAAAAAAGCUCUGGGCCAUUCAAAUUGGCGCUGAUUGGAUCGACAAGGUCCAAACAGGACGAGGAAACGGUGCAAGAGCUGAAAUUGCUUGCAGAACAGCUAGAGAUCUCCUCCCACGUUGCUUUUGAGGUGAACGCUCCUCGCAAAACCGUCGACAAGUACCUGUCGCAGGCCGCGUUUGGGCUCAACGUCAUGUGGAACGAGCAUUUCGGCAUCUCUGUCGUCGAGUACAUGCUGAACGGCGCCAUUCCUAUAGUUCACGCCAGUGCUGGUCCGUUGCUGGACAUUGUGCUACCUGUUGAAAAUGAUGAGGUGGUGGAGCCGGGAACCGAGCACGCUACGCCGUCGGGCUUCUUUUUCACCGACCCGUCGGACCCCGACUACAAGGGACUGUUUCCGUCCUUGAGUGAAGUGCUCAUAAAGGCUAACCGUCUAGAUAAGGACGAGGCGACCGCUAUUCGUAAAGCGGGCCAGCUGGUGGCACGAAAAAAAUUCGGAAUGGAUGUGUUUGGGAAGGAGUGGACGCAGGUGGUGGCUCUGGCCAAGAAAACCGAGCUUGAGAAACGCCAGACCAGGAACAAGGUGGAGAUGGUGUACUGA